UGGCUCGUCGUCCCCCUUCUGAUCCCAGGUCCGGUGCGCUCUCGGUGUCGGUGCGUCAGGGGACGGUGCGGACCGUGCGCUCUUUUCACUGUUGUUGUUGUUGAAUUUCUUUUUUUUAAUUAUUAUUAUUGUCAUUGCGCGGUGUGUCUCGCUGCCACGCGUUGUCGCCCGGACAGGACAGGACAGGACAGGACCGGAGGUUUCCCGGGGCAGCUGCGGGUUUUUACUGGAGACGCAGCUGCGCUUUCCGCGUUUUCGCUCCAUAUUAUUAUUUUUUUCCUUUCAAAUUAUUGUUAUUUCCCCACAAGGAGCCUUUAUCUCCAGGUUUUCUCUCUAUUCCCCCCUCUCUGCGCACGCAGCUCCUCUUUGGGAAACCCAAGGCGAGUUGGAGAAACUGUGGUCCGCGGAGCGGAGUGGAUCCGGAGGCAGGAGGACUGGUCGCGGCUGGAGCGCACAGCCGCCGCGCGCUUCGCUCGUCUUUCCAACAUCUCCAGCGCGUUCUGACGAGCUGAAGACAUGAUCUGAUCACGGAUUUGCUGUGUCGCAGAGAAAGAGAAGGACGUCCAGCCUUUCAUUUACCGCACAGAGCAGAAGGAUCUGCGGAGGAGUUAAAAACAAAGUGGACUGACAGCAUUUAAGGCUGAACCGAAACUGGACUUUAAUCCGUCUUUUUAUUAUUUUGUGAUCUGCACGGGACUUCCAGAGCAAACAUGCCGCAGGUGGAACUGCUGCUCCUCCUCAUCCUCCUCAUUGGGAUGUGUGUGUACGGACAGGACCCGGCCUCCAAGGUGGUGUCGGACCGCUACGCCGUCUUCUGGAACCGGACCAACCCAAAAUUUUACCGCGGCGAUUACCACAUCGACGUCUGCAUCAACGACUACCUGGACGUCUACUGCCCGCACUACGUCGGCCCGGUGUCGGACGACCGGGCGGAGCGCUACGUCCUCUACAUGGUGAACUACGACGGCUACAGCUCCUGCGACCACACCGCCAAGGGCUUCAAGCGCUGGGAGUGCAACCGGCCGCUGUCGCCCAACGGGCCGCUCAAGUUCUCCGAGAAGUUCCAGCUCUUCACGCCGUUCUCCUUGGGCUUCGAGUUCCGCCCCGGCAGAGAGUACUACUACAUCUCCUCCAUCACCGACGACAAGGGACGAAGGAGCUGCCUCCGGCUCAAAGUCUUCGUCAGGCCUCAGAACAAUUGUGUGAAAAGCUCGGGGAGUGCGCAGGAAGGCGUGGACUUUGACGACAACAGUCACAACUCCCUAGAGCCCAGAGACGGCAUCAGCCACGAGUCGCCGGAGCCGGCGAGACGAGACGUCAACUCGGCCGGCCGGUGCCACACCUCCGUCCUGCUGCUGAGCUCCGCCCUCAUGCUCCUGGCCGCCAUCUUGUCUUUAUAGCGCCCGGGCUCAGAAGUCCCCGCCCCCCCCCGCCCCCGGGAAUGGACUGUCCUGAUUGGACCGCAGGCCACUCCCGCCCUGCUACCCCUCCCCUCAAGGAGCACUUUUUUCAAACGAAACAAAAAAACACUGACAAUCUCUCUGUGGAAAAAAAAAAAAAGAGAGAGAGGAAGGGACUUCGACUUCGGAGCCUUUUGUUGUUGUUUUUUUUUUUUUUUCCUUUUCGUUUUUGACUUUGUAAAAUGCCAACCAGUGUGAUGUCUGACCUUGAGGGCGCCGGCGUUCGGCGCCCCCCGGCGGUCAGACGCGUCUCUUACCUGUUUGCCUCGCUCGCUCACAGAAUGCAGAUAUUCCACCGCGACACCGUCUGUGUUGUAGACGAGCACACCCACACGCUUUUUACACACGUAAACACACAAUCAGCUCACUCUUUUAGUUGGAACGGCUAGGAAAGCACACACACACACACACACACACGCGACAUUUUUCAGGAACAUCACAUGAAAACCCCUCCACCACCACCACCCACCACGUUACACCAUUUAUUCUCGCUGAAGACGAUCCAGGAGUGAACGGUCAAAACAAAACAAAGCAAAAAAAAAAAAAAAAGAUGGUGGAAGGACGCUGUUGCUCGGAGACCACUGACGGUGUGGGCGGAGCCUCUGAAGACUUAACCUUCCUCUCAGGUUAAAAAGGCUUCGCCGUCUCCGACUGAGGAGGACCCUUGUUGAGAGAGAGAGAGAGAAAAAAAAAGAAGAAAUCAAGAAGCACUCAUCUUUCAGUGUUUGUUAGGAAUGGAUUAAUGUUAGAUUAAUGUAUAUGUUUUUUUGUUUUUUUUUUUAAUUAAAUCACAUAAUUCAAUUGUAGCAGCCAACACGGGUGUACAGUAAGAUAUUGGAACGGAGUGUAGAAGUUUUUUGUUUUUUUUUUGCUUUUGUUUUGUUUUUUUUGCCAGGCAAAAUGUAUUUUCCUAUUUAUUGUGGAGUCCUCGUGAUUUUAUUCUGUUCCGGUUUAGUCUGUUAGUACAAUAGAAAGCCAUUAAAACGUUAGUUACACGUCGUUUCUGUCAUUUGUAUGAAACUGUACAGCUGCCUUAGUCAUGAAAGACCAGUUUGUAUCACGUUAUAAUGUGAAAACCUAUGAUUGAUAUGAAUACGAAUAAUCCACCUUGAUAUUAUCAUGUUGCUACAUAUAAGAUUUACUUUUUAUGUUAUGAACAAAAGCUGCAUGAUCACAACUUAAAACGAUCAUUAUUCAGUUUCAAUGCAAACAGCUUUGACAAAAUAAUCUAUUAACAUGCUGUUAAAUGUAUUUUUUACUCAUCCAUUGACGUACGAAGUUCUAACAUUCAGGUUUUUAAACUUUUAUAUGAGAUUAUACUUUCAUGCUACGUAUUUACUUAACAUGAAAUCUUGAUCACAAAGUUCUAACGUGUUCCUACGUUCAAAUGUUUAAUUUUACGACUGAUUCAGCAUGUUGUGCUUUGGCUUUGCAUCAUAUACCUGCAUUUUAUUUAUGUUUCAAAAUGUCACAAUAUCAGAGGCUAACGUUUUAAGUUUCAUAUUGAAAUUUCAGUAUAUAGAAAAUAAUACAUCCUCAGAUAUUUAUGCUUUAAAUGAACAUUGAUUCACACUCUAAUGUAUUAUCUCGUCGAAGCUUGUUUCAGUUUAGCAUAUUAUGGACUUAUAACAGCAGUUUGUGUGUUUAGUCGUGGUACAGUGUGAUUCAUCACAACGUGAUACAAAUGCUCCACGUUCUGAGGCAGCGAUACGCUUUCAUACAUUUGAUAGUUAUUCACAGAAAAAAAAAAAAGAAAGAAAAGAAACCAGUUUACAUACGUGCUUGGAUUGAAUGCUUACAAUGUUUCUGUUUUUAACAAAGUCCAGGAAGAAGAAGAAGAAAAAAAAAAUCUGAUGUGCUAUCAGGGUGUAGAAACGGUAGUUUGUUUGGAAUUUGUCAUUAACGAAUGUCACCGAUGUAAUUUUACUGUUUCACUAUUGUUUUUGUGAACCACUGUCAUAACACAGCUAUUGUAAAUAGAGGCAAGUUUCCUACAAAGAGUUUCAGGGAUGUGUCCAUGCCGAACAAGAGGUUAAAAACAAGACUUUUUUUUCUGUUUUCUUUUUUUUUUUUUUUUUUUAAAUUCGUUUUUGAUAAAGAGUUGCUGGAGCUAAGAGGCGUUUCAGUGAGAGUAAGCUACGAAGCAGGCGGCGGCGGCACAGCGUGAGGCGACGGUGUCGGUCACUGAAGUGCAGAUCCGGCCAAUGGGAAAGAGGCAGAACCGGGGAGGCCAAACAGAGGGAAACGUGAUAUCCGGAGCCUCCUCAUGAGAACAGAACUCUUUUCUACAUGGCCAGUAGUUCUAUCUGUAAAUCUGUAUGAGGAGCAUUUGGGCCACUUGAUAAUUUAACUAACAGUAAAACUAUAAUUAAGAGGAAAACAUGGUUUAUAUUAACAUUACUCAUACAACUGAGCUCUAACUUCAUAAUAAAUUAUAUUAAUGAAUUUAAAAAGUAUAUGUUAUGGAUGAAAACUUAUAUUUCAAACUAAUAAAAUAAAAACUUUAUUUAAAAUGAAUAAUAGUAAAUGAAGGUUUUUAUGAUUAAAUAAUAUUGUUAUAAUGCAUAAUUUUAUCAGAAAAAGGCUAAAGAAUAAAGAUUUAAACUUCUAUUAAAGAAUAAUGUAUCAAGAAUGAAGUUAUCUGUAUAAACUCUAUUUAUCAGGAGAUUUUCAUUUCCAGUGAAAGUGGCCCUCAUUCUCCAGAGAACAGAGGCGGCUCCAGGUCAAGCAGGUCAGCGUAGCUCCGCAGAGGGAAACAUUCUGAUAUUUAACUUUUCAUUCAAUCCUCAGUUUUCGGAGUCAGAGUUCCAUUAACUUUAUGAAACUGAAGGUGAUUUCUGCUCUCAGUUUACUGAAAUUUCAACAAUCAGUGCACAAUUUAUUCUUUUCAUGCUGAUGAAGGCCCAAACUUUCAAGCUGUUUUCAAUCUUCAGUUUCGUUCAGAGUUCAUUAUAACCAAAAAACAAACAAACAAAAAAAAAACUCACACAAAUCUAAGACUCUAAUUUCAAGGGGACCUCUUACGCUUAUUUAUUCAUAUUUAUCUUUUCAAGAUUCACACUAAAUGAAGAAACAGUCUAAUCCAUCAAUUCGGCCUUCCUCCCAGUCCACUUUCAUCUGACUGGCGUACAUCAACCGAAUGUUGAUAUCCAAUGUUUGAUCAUACGAGACUUUAAAGUCUUCAGAUGUGUCAUUUUUCACUGAUAAAUAUUCAAUUGACCAAAAAUGUAAAGUUCCCUAAAAGAAAAAUGGAUUUGUGUUAAAGUUUGACGCUUCAGAUUUCGUCCAUCAGGUCACUCAUGCUCCUUUAACGUGCACAUUAUUGCUCUGAAUAGCAAGGUUCUGAGCAGCAGUACAGUAAUUUGACACCAGCCUCAGCGUAUCACUGGCUGUUGUGCUGAGUGGAACAGAUAUUUUUGCUUCUGCAGCCUCAGCAGGGGAAACUUUCUCCAGGUAAAGAUUUUUAUCUUCUGAGUAAAGUCAAGAUUAUUGCAUGUGACAUCGAUGGAUGUAAUUUGACACCGACCUCAAAAUGAAUUUAAUCUUGAACAGGCGGAUUACAGCUCAAGAAAAUGAAAUUUACCAAAAUCUGAACCAUGCAAGUUCUCUGAAAUGUGUGAGUCUCCGAAACGUAGCUGGUGAGACCGAUAAGCUGAGGUAAUUUGACACCAGCUUCAAAAUAAAGUGAACGUAAAACCAAGCAUCUGAAGCGUACAAACUAUCUGAUAUGUUUUACCCUCCUCCUCCAAAAAUCACUGUCUUCUGAUUGGAUGAAACCAAUAAGUUGAUGUAAUUUGACACCAGCCUCAUUAUGGCGAAAAUAAUCCCAGAUUUAAACAAAUCAGCAACAAGCUGGCAUCGAUUUAAUGAAACCUGACCAUGAAAUGUCUCUCAUCAUGUCGUCAGCCUCGUCGUUUGACAUUCUGAGCAUCGUAGGUCCCUUUAAACAGGUUCAGAGUUUUCUGGAGCACCUUAAUAUUCCUUUUAGGGAUUUUUAUUUUUCAGAGCUGAAGCACAUUUCUGAAUAUUUCCUCCGCCCUGCCACCAUCAGCCUGGUGUGGCUUCGCUCCACCGCCACAUGUCCCACCCACCGCCGCUGGACUCGUCCCCCGCAGCCGCGCCAUGCCGGGAAAACCCAGCCCCUUGGUUUUAGUGGAUACCGUGUAUCCAGCAGCUACUUGUGACUUGCAGCGUUUUUUCUCCCCUACACCUCUUUUAAAGGGCAAUUUAACCGACACAUUAACGUUCUUAGCAAGAAACAAACAACGAAAAAAAAAAAGUUUGAUACAAUAACAAAAAAAAUAUGCUGAUUUCUUUUUCUAUGUCUUUUAUAUGAAACAGAACAGAGAGGACGGAGGUCAGUGUUUGAGGCACAUAUCGAGCAUGCAGUACGGCCGGGUUACAGCCGGGAGCCGGCGGCUCUGAGGGAAGAACAGACGGAGCUGGAAAAAAUCAGUUUAAACCCGUUUUUUUUUUUUCUUCUUUUUUCUAGUCCAGAACAAAGCUCUUCUUCAUUGUACUGUUGCAUCCAAAGUGUCUUGAAGGUGCGAGAUCAUCGUCGCCUCUGGACGGAGAAACUGAAACCCGAACCGCCGGCAUGGCGUCGUCUCCUCCUCCUCCUCCUCCUCCUCCUCCUCCUGGUCUUUGGUGCCAUGUAGCCUGAAGCGAACACCACCGUGUCUCUGGUCCGCUGGCGUCCGUCGUAUCUUGAGAACUAGACGUGUGCUUUUCUGUCAGUGCAUCUCGCGGUGGGAAGCUGUUUGUUACUGUAGCCACCACUGUGGUUUUUCUAACCCCGCCCCCCCUCCUCCCGGCUAGACGUGGAUGUGCCACAGAACUGCACAAUUCCGUUAACGUUAGUACCCGGACCUCGUGCCUAAACCAUCCUCUGUACUCGCCCAAAACUGUUCCUCCCGCUCAGUCCCUCACUAGACUUUUCUACAAAAAGGCCAUUUCUUUGUAAAUACACGUGUUGGAGCAGCUAUGACUAACUAAAAGAAACCAACAAAAAAAAAAAAGAUUUAAUAAAUAUUUCUUUGUCGUU